AUGGCUGACGUUAUUGAGAAUCAGGAAUUGCCGUCUACGGAUGACGCUGUAGUAGCUUCACCUGCUGUACCUGAGGAUGUGGCUGCUAUGUUUGAUUUGAAGAAGAAGAAGAAGAAAUCCAAGAAGGUGAAGAAAGAGAAAAAUGACAAUUUGGAAGAUACUGUAGCCAUUACGGAUGCUGCACCUGAUGCCAAUCUAGUGCUAGUGCAGGACCCUGCUACGUACUCGUACAAGGACGAACUACUGGCCCGUAUCAUGGCUAAGUUGCAUGAGAACAAUCCGGAGCUAACGGACCGCAAGCGGCACACGAUGAAGCCACCGCAGCUUAUGCGCGUGGGUACAAAGAAGACGCUAUGGGUGAACUUUCAAGAGAUCUGUCAGAUGAUGCAUCGAAGUCCCGAGCACGUGCUUCAGUUCACACUGGCUGAGUUGGGUACAGAAGGGUCGAUUGAUGGCAAUCAACGUCUUGUCAUUCGUGGUCGUUACGUGCCCAAGUACAUUGAGUCGCUCUUGCGCAAGUACAUUACCGAGUACGUGUCGUGCCAAAUGUGCCGUUCGCCCAACACGACGCUCACGCGUGACUCGGUCAGUCGUCUUUACUUUGUGCACUGUCAAGACUGUGGAUCCUCGCGGUCGGUGGCUGCAAUCCGCUCGGGUUUCCACGCUGCUACUCGCGCGGAUAGACGGGCUGCACGCAAGUAG